AUUUCUUUUAUUGGAAUAAAUUAUCUACUGUUAAACAACGUUUUGUUGCAGUACUCAUAUCAGUUUCAAUUUUUAAAGUUUCAAAGUUGAUGGCUAGAUCUAAAAACAAAAGCUUACCACAUCAUGUUAAGGAAAGACUACGCCAUCAAAACCUUCAAAAGAUUCUUGAAAAUGUCGCUAACUAUGUUCCAAAACCGACAACAACUAAAAAAGAAACAAAAGCAAAGAAAUUACGGAGAGUUGUUUUAUACCUGAAAUAUUUAAUUCACAAGAAAGAAGAACUUUUAAAAUCAAAACCAAAAGCCAUUAAAAAAACAACAAAGUGCCAAGAUAUUGCCAUGAAAACAAAUGUAAUUAUUCCUGAGUUAUCAUAUGUGCAUAAACCCAAGAGCAAGAGAGCACAUAUUGUGUUUUUGACAAAAUCAUUUGAUACAUUGGGAAACAAUCAUGGAGAUGCUGAAACUCGAACUCGGCAAAAAAGUUGUAAUACAGAAAAGGAACAGGAAAUACAUACUGCAAAAAAUACUGUCAAUGUUCUAAAUGAAAGUAAUCCAAAAAAUCAUUUAUCACCUGACAAUGGAUUGGAGUUGUUUCAUGAAAAACCUGAUAAAUUUGCUGCUGAUAGAAAUGAUAGGUAUAUUCCUAACAUAGAAAUGGAAAAGCCAUCUGAUUAUGAUGAUUUUUGGAAAGAAGGUUAUUCAACAAUAUCUGUGAUAAAUGCUAAAAGGAAUGUAGAAAAAGCUGGAAGCAGUGAUAUUAUUAAAAAUCAGGUUUUAAAUGAAGGCGAAAAUUGUUUUAUAGAUGGAAAAGAAAGCAUUAUUUAUGAAUUAGGUAGAAAUGAAACUAAUUUGGAACGAUAUAUCCAAGAAUUUUCUAGAGAUUUGGAAAAGAUUCAAGGAAGUGCUUCACCUCAUAAAAAAAUGUUUCUGUCAAACAACCUUGAAAGCAGUUGUGCAGAUAUUUACCACAAUAAAAAUGAAGCAAACUUCAAUUCCAGUUCCAAAAAUCUUUCUCCCAUUGAAAAAUAUUCAUCGAAUAACAGAGAAAAAUCAUGUUCAUUCAGUGAAUCUGAAACACUAAAAAAUUAUCAUUCAGGCUAUGAUGUACAAAUGGAUAAGAAUCAAUGUAUUAAACUACCAUUAUUUUCACAAAGUUCAAAUAAUUUUUCUUCUGGAAAAACAGGUACAUUUACAUAUUUGAAUAACUUUGAAAUGCCAUAUUCCUUCAAUAAUUCUGUAUCUCAAAAAAAUGGUCAACAGUACUGUGCUGAAAAAAUAGAUAAACAUCAACACUCAAAAUUUAAAAUGUUUGCACAAAGACCGUAUAAUUUCUCCCCAGACUUUUUUUCUUCUGAAGAAUCUGGUACUUUAACAUCCUUACUUAGCUUUGAAAGCCAGAAAAGCGAUCAGCCAAAUUAUUGUGGUAAAGAAAUGGAAACACAUCAGUUCUCCAAGCAUCCAUCAUUUUCACAGAGUUCAGAUAAUUUUUCUUCAGACAUUUUUUCUUCUGGGGAAUCAGGCACAUUAAUGUCUUCCAAUGAAUAUUUGUUAAGUGAAAAUGAGCACAUUGGUUUUAAAGACAUCCGGCACCCGUGUUCUAAUGAGAGUCCCUCUGAAUCACUUAGGCCAGAAUAUGUAAUAGAUGAAGCUAAAUAUGAUUAUUCUCCUACUUCACCUCAAAGAAGCUGUGAUACUAUUUCUAGUCCUGACAUAUUUUGUGAUAUGAAGCAAGAUAUUCCACGUGUCAUUUCCAAUUUUUCUGUUCACAAUGUUCUUUCAAAAGGCAGCAACAUAAGUUCUCCUUCAUUAGCUGCUAAUUCUGAAAGAUUUUUAGAGUAUAACAUUCAGGAACCAAAUUAUAGCAUACCACUCAUUCAUGAUGUUGCAUACAAUUAUGUAGAUAGUAGAUUUAUAAAUUACUUUGGUAUGAAUAAUAAUUCUCAAAGUCUACCUCUUAUUGGUCCUCCUCCAUUUGCUCAGAUAGGCAAUUGCCCAACUCUGAAUAAGAAAGUUAUUUCAAGAUAUUGUAAUACUGUGCCAAAUGAUGAAAACUAUAUAAUAGAUAAUUAUUCUUGCAGAAACACAAAUGAUUGUAAUUUUUCUAUGUAUGUAAAUGAAGAUGUGGAAAAUUAUUUAGAUGGACCAAUAAAACAAGAGAUUGGAGAGUCUUUUUUGCCACCUGAAGAACUUAGCUAUUCUUUAAAUAAUUUAACUAAUUCUGAUUAUUGUUGGUUACAGAAGGAUUUAAAUAUUCAUUAACUUCAGAUUUUUAAAAAAAUAUUUAAUGCUGGUGUAUAAAUUUUAUAUUUUGUGUGUUUUUUCUUUUAAAGAAUUACUCAACUUUUUGUACUAUUAACUUUUUAUAAUUUUUAUUGACAAGAACUUUCUGUUGUAAUAUAUUUUCCACUGUAUGAAAAUGUCAGUCAUCACCGAGAGAAGGAAAAAAAAAUGUACGCAGUUAUUUCCUUAUAAAUUUAAGAUUAACUUUUUAUAUAUGUCUUGUCUCUUUGAAAACUGCCUUAUAAAAAGAAUAUUGUUUAUUUUUUAAAUUAAUUAAUUUUUUUUACUCUACUAAAAAAGAACAUUUUGGACUAGCCAAAAGCUUCAUAUCUCAUUCUUAUGUGAAAAAUUUUACCGUCUUUAUAUAUGCAGAAUGCAGAAAAUAACUUCCAAGAUUUUUUAUUAUUCUUUUAUUGGAUUUUCGAAAUGUACUUUCUUAUCCAAUUGAAAAUGAUAACUAGUUAGAAAAUACAACUUUCUAGUCAUUGUAAAAUUAGGUAUUUAACAGUGAGCUUAAUGUAAUAUGUUAUGAUUGGCUAUACUAUUUAGUAAAAAAUUAUAUAAGUGAUUAUAAUAUUCAUUGAGUGCAAUAAUGCAAGAUACCUGUUCACUUGUGUAUAUUUGUUUACUUGCAAACUGUUAAGUUUUUGAUUUAGUAGCUGUUGAGUCUUGAUUAGUAUCUUAGAAUGUUUUUUUUUUUUUGAAAUAGUUAUGUUAUAAUUUAUAUAAUUUUUUUAUGGAUUUUUUGAGCAUAUUUUUUUCAACAACAUUCCUUAAAUAUGUGUAAAAAGGAGCUUUGUUAGUGAUUUGAUUCCUAGUCUUU